ACUGCCUCGUGGGCCCCACUUGACAGCGACUCCCUUCCCGCGACGGUCGAACCGCACCAAGUAGCCGCGAGUCCGAGUUCACCUCCUCCUCUCCCACCCAAACCCUCGCUCCAGCGACGGCGAGCGAGCCGCGUCCUCCCGCAUGGCGUCGGCGCCGGAGUUGAUCGACGACAUCGCCGCCGAGAUCCUCCUCCGCAUCCCGCCGGAUGAACCCGCGCACCUCGUCCACGCCUCCCUCGUCUGCAAGCCCUGGCGUCGCAUCCUCACCGACCCCGCCUUCCUCCGCCGCUACCGCGCAUUCCACCGAACACCUCCCGUGCUCGGCUUCCUCCACAACGUUGACGGCAACAAGGCGAUCUCCUCCGUCCCCCGCUUCGUCCCCACUACCGCCGCGUCGCCAUUCUCCCCACCGGCCAUCGAUCCCCCCAACUGGUGGUGGGCGCUCGACUGCCGCCACGGCCGGGUCCUCUCCCACCUCUUCAAUCCCAUGGAACUCAUGGUCUGGGACCCCAUCACCGGCGACCAGCAUCGCUUUCCUCUGCCCCCGCACCCGCACGCCUACUGCACUGGCGCCGUGCUAUGCGCUGCAAGCGACUGCCACCAUCUGGACUGUCACCAAGGCCCCUUCCUCGUCGUCUUCGUGGGCACAGGAAGGCAUGAUCACUCAUGGGCGUGUGUAUACUCGUCGAAGACUGGAGAGUGGAGCUCGCAGGCCUCCAUUGUGCUCGAUUCCUAUGUUGAGAUGUUGCCCAGCGUCCUCGCCGAAAACACACUCUACUUCUACUGUGAGUAUGGCACGAAAAUUCUGGGAUAUGACAUUGGCAAGCAUGAGCUUUCAGAGAUCGACCCACCAUUGGGGCAUGAUGGUGGCAUCCUCAUAGAAUCAGAAUAUGGUGGGCUGUGAUUUGCUACUGUGGAAGCUUGCGGCCUCGUACUGUGGUCGCAGUAUGUGUGUUAUGAUGGCAUUGAGGAAUGGGAACAAUCCAGGAUAAUUGAGUUGGACAUGCUGAUCCCUAACUUCUUUUACUCAGGUGGUCUGGUUG